UUUUACUCAACAUAUAUACAAUGCCUUUUUUUAACUCUUCCCAUGCAUACAUAUCAAUCUAUAUUGUAAUCUUUCUUCUCCUCUCACGAUGUUCAUCUACCAAUGCAAAAUUCAACAUUGCUAGCCCUUUAUCAACGAAACCAAAAACAUGUCCAUAUCCGUCAGGGCUGAUAUCAAAGGCUUGUAAAGGCACUGCAUCAUUUUCGUCCCUAGAAGAAGCAUGUAUCGAAUCUCUAACCUUAGAUCCCCGCACAGCCUCCGCAUCAACUGCAUUGGAGUUGGCUAAGGCUGCCCUUUAUCUUGCCAUAGAGAAGGCACAACAUACGCAGUUUCUCAUCGGUUCUCCGAAGAAGCCAUGUUUCAAGAGCUGUAUGGAGAACUAUAAUGAUUCUGUUGUCGAGGGGCUACAUAAGGCAGUGUUGUCAAUGGGAAAAGGUAAUGUCGAUGAUACGGAUGACGAACUUAGUCUCGCACGUGAUGCUGCUGAUUAUUGCAAUAUGAUUUUGUCUGUUGAUCCAGACGAUACAAGGUCCCUAGUUUUUGGGGCCAACAUGGAUGUGUAUAAUCAUAUUACGUUUGUGAUGAGUGUAGCAGACUUGUUGUAGAACAAUCUCAAAAUUACAUUCAAAUUAACAAUAUGUUUUGCGUAUUACACUAAUCAAUAUG